UCGUGACGUCACCAUCAACCCCGUCACCAUUGAGUGUUUUGGUUUGGGUGUCAUUCAGACAUUAAUAACCAUUUUCGGGGAAUUCAAGACCACAAAAGAACAUUUUACGUCAUUGUAGGACUUAAUGUAUUUUUUAAGACCAGGAAAAAGUAUUCAGGAAUUUUCGAUGCUAUGUAAUACCAAAUCAGGUUAAUCAACAGGAUUCGUCGUGGGGUUCACUUCAGCAUCAGUUUCGUUUUUGUUUUCCUAUGAUGCGUCGAUUACAGUAGAGCUACUGUACACAUUACUUCAAAAGAUUCGACGAACAGUUGUUAUAAAUUCAGUGAAUUUUUCAAUUUCUACCUAUCAAAAAAGGUAUAGGAUUUCUGUUUUUCAUAAAAAUGGACUUGGUGGAUAGCCCUAUCACGUUAGUUAUCAAAGCACCUAACCAGAGACUUGAAGAUCAGACUGUAGAAUGUAUGUUAGGAUGGACGGUGAGGAAGCUGAAGAGACAUCUUGAAAAUGUCUAUCCCAGUAAACCAAAAGAAACACAGCAAAAGUUGAUCUAUUCAGGCAAGCUUCUACCCGAUGAUGCCACAUUGAAAGAGGUGUUGAGACAAUCACAGGGAUGUCCGUCCCAGCAUACAGUUCAUCUGGUGUGUUCAGCGGGCAUGGAUUUUAACGCGACAAGUUUACUAGACAACAAGCCUAAUGGAAAUUCAUACCGCCUGCCAGAUACAAAUUACACCUUGAAUGCACCACCAAAUAUGACAAACAUGAUGCCACCUGGUACUGAAGGUCUGCGUCACAGAGGACACGGCAACACAGAUACAACAACACCUGGAUUGUCGCAAGGCGGUAUACCCCAAGCAAACUUGCAGAUGCCCCAGAUGCCUCAAAUGCAGCAAAUGCCUCAAAUGAUGAUGCCCCCUGGUGCCGAAGCCUUGUACACACAGGAGCAGAUGAUGAUGAUGAUGCAGAACUACUACUAUCAGAUGGCAACCGCACAGUACAUGCAAUAUUACCAGACUGGGGUAUACCCCACGCCUCCCAACACGCCCACAACACCAGUUGAGGACGCAACACCCAAUCAGAACGAUCCUAACAAUCAGGCGCCAGCCAAUGUUGGCGAGGGUAACGGAAACAACUUGGUGAUGAACGCCCAGGGUGGCAUGAUGGCUGCAGAUGAUGACGAUGAUGAUUUCGGACAACGGGAUUGGCUCGAUUAUGUGCACACCAUCGCGCGCUUUGCUGUCCUCAUCAGCAUCGUGUACUUCUACUCAAAUUUGACACGUUUCCUUUUCGUCUUCGCUUUCUUUUUCCUAAUCUAUUUAUAUCAGACUGGCUGGUUCCAGCUUGCAAGGAGAGUUCCAGAAAAUCGUCAAGAAGCAAAUGCCCAACCACAGGAACAACCCCGAACAGAACCUCAGGAGGAACAGCAACAACAGCAACAACAACAACAACAACAGCAACAGCAGCAACAGCCAAAUCCAGAAACAAAUGAAUCACCUGCUGGAGAGAGUCAACAAGAAGAGGAGAGCCCAGCCCCUCCCGAACAACCUCCUCCCCGGCCAAGUGCUUUAUCUCUUAUCUGGUGCUUCAUAUCAACAUUCUUUACGUCCUUAAUACCACAGCAGCCACAGGCCGUCAAUGCAAAUUAACGUCAACUUUCUAUACUGACUUCAAAUCACAGACCACAUAAGUGUAACAACUGUGAGCACCCUGUGGAAAUAUAUUUGUAAAACUGUAUACGCCGACCAGAGUUAUUUUCGCAGUAAAGGAGGAGAAUGCACGAGAGAAUUAAACAGCGAGUGUUUUUAAUCAAGUGACACCAUAUACCUACCAAUUGCGAAAUCACUAAUUAAACACUGCACAACUGUGUAUUUUUUCCUCACAAACAUGAGAAUUAUAUUUGUGAAAUCCAACAUGUAUGCAGUAUCACUGCGAAAAUUAAUUUUUGAAAUUGUCAUUGCUCUGAUUGGUAUUAGCUCAUUGACCCCUGAAGUUCCAUAGUGAACUAUUCCAACCUUUGAAUUGGAAGGGUUCAAAUGUGUCUUCAGGGGUGAAUGAGUUUAUGAAUUGAACACAGAUUUUUAAGAUCUGCCUAUUUUGAUCUUACAUGAUGUCAUGUAGACCUCAUCUUCAGAUGAUUUCAUUUUUAGAUGAUUUCAUUUGAUAGCUGACAAUUUUUGAUAUUUUUUUUUUUCAUGAUGUUUAAAUCAAUAUUGAGUUGAAAAUCAUUCUUGACUUUGUCAAAUCUAUUUUAUCACCUGCUUGGGGAACAGCCAUAUUCAAAUAAGGUUUUCUUUUUGGUAAAGAAAAAAAACGAGAUUUUUGUGAGGUCGUGUUAUUUUUACUAUAACAUAAAUGUUACAAUAUGUAAUACCUAGGUACAUUAAACAGAUUCUAUUUGCCUGAAAUUUGGAAAUAUACUGGUACAUGAAUAAUUUUGAGCUUCAUGGACUAGGCUUGAUCGAGUAAGCAGGUUUUACCGUGAAAUGAGGCGGCUUAAGGUAGGAUAACUACCUAUGCCAGCUAACACUAGUCUGUAUACACCCCAUUUCUAUUUGAAGUAUUCAGGGCUGAAUGAUUCCAAACCGUCACUUCCCAACUUCUAGCGGCAGACGAGAAAACACUGUCUGGGGUAUGGGUUGAAAACUGUCUGUACCGUUAUCUUUAGGUUAUCGUCGUUGUGUGGUAGUCACUUAAUUGAACUCCGAGGAUUUGGUUGUAUCAUGUUCCGAUCAACAAUUAUCAGUCACGGUAUAUUUACAAUCAUAGAUGAUGUCCAUAUUUCAUUUUCCUGGAACUUCAUUCCUCAAGACUGCGCAAUGUAGUCUCCAGUAAACCACACUAAUAAUAAUUUCAUUGAUAUCCAUACUUCAAUUCUGCAAAGAGACUGCUUAUUUCUAUGAAUAAUACAAUGUGAUUUGAAUAUUCACGAGCCAAAAUAUAAGGAUGAAAUCGACGAUGCCUAUAAUGACCCAUUUUUCUGUGGUUGUAUGAAAGUAUUCCUGUUGUUUGUUUGUUUUUAUUUUUUUGUCUUCCAAGAGAUCGUAGUAUUCCUUAUUUCCAUUGUUGAUUUGUUAUUGUACUGUUAUUUUGAGUUUGUUUUUUGCUUUGCUUAUCCUAACCCUUUCACCCCUAUGUAACUGUAGCUGACUCUACUUACAUUGGUCUGGAUGAGUCCAUUAUGGUCUACAGUGGUGAAAGGGUUGAAGAAAUAUGUUUAUCUUUUUAUUAGUUCAUAAUUACAACUGCAAAGUCUGGAAUGAAAGUGAUGUUUUUGAUGAUAAGUAAAACAAAAAUAUUUGUACAAUUUAUAACAUUUGGAAAUUGUAUUAAUGUCUACACAUAUGAUUGAGUGACUGUAUAAAACUACUUUUUCAAAGGAUCGAACUUCCACAGCGUUUAUAUCGAUAAAAUUACCUGUGUUUCUAUUUUGCAACAUUAGUAUCUUGCAUGUCUAUAUAUAUAUAUGUCUUCAAUAAGAUUCAUCAGUUUAGAAAUACAUGUUUGUGAUAUCAAAUUUUUUCUUUCUACACAAACAAUGUACGAAUUAAACGUGUCGUAACGCAACAACACAUAUCGCUCACUCAGUCAUAGCUUGACGAAGGGACCAGUAGGUCUUGAAAAGUUGCGACACGUUUAAUACGUACAGUAUUUGUGUAGAAAAUAAAACUUUGAUAUCCCUAAAUAAUGGAUCUUGUAUUUUUGAAAAUUAUUUUAUAUAAAUCUGUGAACCUAUGAAAAAUUAGUUUUACGAUAUAUGAAGUUUAUAAGUGUUGUUAUACGGUCAUCAGAGUAGGCUUGUUUUUUUGUUUCAUGUUUGGACGUAUUUAUCCACAAAGUAUGUUUAUUCUAUAUGGUGAUAUAUAUGAGAUAUAUACAUAUAUAUACAUAUUAAUAAUUCAAUAUGUCCUGUGUUGUGAAAUACUCAAAUUGCACAAGCUGUUACAGAUGCCACCAAGUUUAUACAAAUGAUAACUUACAACCAAAUUCAAAGAAAUGUAUAACGAAAUGUUGACCUCCUUCAUGGUUUGAAGCCAUUUAGAUCGUUUCGUGGUUCAAACUUUCGUGGAUAUCCUAUAUUAAAAAACAAUAAACACAUUUUUUUUUUAAUUGUACAAAAUAAAAAACAUGUAACAUUAUCUUAUUUUUUUGCACAGGUAUCAUUGUUGGCAUUAGAUAAAAACUAAAUGAAUUACAAAUUCACCAAAAGGUCAGUAAAAACUCUGCUGUACACACGUGUUGUGUAUCUAUCACUGUGAAAGGAUUGUAAUUCACAAAAAAAUAAUAUUUGAAAAACAAAACAAAAAGAGAGCAUAUUGUCGUAGGCAUUUUAUGAACAAAAUAAGAAUUCGUAAUACUUUUCAAUCCUGAGAAAAGAGUUAAUUAAAAAAAAAAUGAUAUUGUUUGAACUUUAUGUAAGAAUUUUUCUGGCCAGUGGAAUGGACAAAAAAUAAAAAAUGUGUUUUAAUUUUCAUUAUGCAUGCCAAGAGACUAAAUGCCUAUCAAAAUAUUGUCCUUUCCGUGUUAAUAAAAAAAUCAGUUUUAAUUUGAAAACAUAUAAUUGGUGAAUAACAUUGAGUAGAGAUAUCUUAAUGAUGAAUUUGCUGUCAGUACAGAGAAAAAAUUCAAACAAAAAAUUUCCAUUUUAAUCUCAAAUUUAAAUUGUUUAAAAACCGAAAUAUUGUUAUUGAAAACAAAAAAACAUACUGAUUUCUGUGAUAGUACUGUAUUUCUUCACAUGGUGACAUUGAUUUGGAAUUUUGUGAAGAAUUCAUUUUAUUUUCUGGUGGUGAUUUAUUUUGGUUAACAUGUAUAUUAGAUACUACUAUUGACUUGAAUGGCAUUUUGUGUGUGUAUAUGAAUGAGAAAUCAGAAGUGAGAGGGAAUGAGAGAGAAAUAGACAGAGAGAUAGAGAGAAAGGGAAUUGGAGAAAAUAUUGAAUGCAUAAGCUGUAUAUAUGUGGGUGUCUGUGGACCCAGACUUUUCAUUUUAAUUUUAAUCAUUGUUAUGAUAAUCUAACUGAUUGAACUUUAAAUUUAUGAUAUUUCAUUAUAAUAAGGGGGUAAAUUGCAUUUUUUUCCCUGUAAGACAUUGAUUAUUUUAAACAUUCAACUGUCUUUAAUUCUAUUUGUGCGUUACUUAUCACUGUUACACAGAUUGAAGAUAUAAAAGUCAGCACUUCCAACUCAAAAUUCAGGGGGAUAAUCGGUUUGAAAAAGUACUUGAUUUUGUAGUGCCGUCUCAAACGUUUAUCCCAAAAUGUAUGGAACAGUUUUAUUAUUAUUAUUUUUUUCCAUCAAUAGACACAUAUUUACUUUCACUGAAAGUGCUUCUUGGAAAUCCUGGUCUGGAAUGGGGUUGUACAAUGUUAUAUAGCUAUAUCUUGCAGUAUUGUUGACAAAUGAAAUGUCUAUGUUUUCUUACCCAUUUACGGGUAGGUAGAAGUACUGGGUCGUUUUCGUUUAAACGGUCAAACCGGCCGGACCACUGUUGUUCGUUUAUUAAAUAAGGUCGGACCUAGUAAUCUGA